AGCGGUUAUACAAUCUGUGCCCUCACUUGAGUCUGCCAGAAUUAAACCCUCACCAUGUUCUGCCUUCAAGGACCGCUUCACAACAAGCCGCCGGAGUGAUGAAAGCAAGAUUCACCAGCGGGAAAACCAAGGAUUUCAAUGUCUUGCUAAUAAAUCAUGUGUGAAAGGAAGCCACAGCGAGAAAAUGGCUUCUCACAAGUCAAAGACUGGAACCGAGAUAAAUGUUACAAAGGCAGUGAAGGAAUCCAGUCCAGUGGAUGAAUAUUUCACACCUGGGGGCUAUGAGCUGGAGAAAAUCCUAAACCGUGGGAGUGUGGUUUACACUCAUGUCAACGAGGUCUGGCCGAAUGUCUACAUCGGGGACGAGCAGACCGCUAAAGACACGUGUAGUCUUAAGAGGUUGGGGAUCACACACAUCUUGAACGCAGCAGAGGGGACGUGGAACAACGUGGACACCGGAGCUGGUUACUACGGCGACAUGGAGGUGGUCUACCACGGCGUGGUGGCAGAAGACGUCACGACCUUUAACCUCAGCCAGUAUUUCUUCUCUGCUGCCCAGUUCAUAGAAGAAGCACUGAGCAAUCCUCAGAAUAAACUGCUGGUGCACUGCGUGAUGGGAAGGAGUCGGUCUGCCACACUUUUUCUGGCCUACCUGAUGAUCCAUGAAAACAUGACGGUGGUCGACGCCGUCGAGCACGUGAAGACGCGCAGGAGGAUCAUCCCCAACUGGGGCUUCCUGAAACAGCUGAGAGAGUUGGACGUGCAGCUUCAGGGGAAAAGAGGAGCGGGCCCAGUGCAGAGCUGAGGGGAGCCUCAGGUCAAUGGAGACAGAUUCAAGUCAUUGUGGACGAAUAAAAAGGUUUUUGGUCAAGUAAGUCUCUGGUACACAAGAGCAGAUCUCCAUCUAGGUCACAAGUCACUUGUCAUUUCAAGAAACGUGAGACGAAUCCAAUGUGAAUCCCCUGAAGUCUCGAGUCACGGAACAAGACAUCCGCUCUGAAUGGCUUCCUUGAGAAGGACAUUCUCUUUGACAUUGUGUUGAAUAAUGGUUUUUCCUGUUAGGAGAGACCAAUUUAUUUUAGUGCAAAAGGUCUGAUAAUUAUGAAUCUGACAUGAAUUGUUUUGCUUGAAAGUUUUGUGGAAGGUCUGGUGUUCGGGGGACUAAGAUCUAAUUUAAAUCAAGUCUCAGAGCAGUAAAGCCCGAGACAAUUUCUUUUUCUACCUAUUUUAAUUUUAAAAUACUUCUUUGGACAACGACAAACUCAAAAUCUAUCACGCCUCAGGCUUGUACAUAUUUCAAAUUAAAAGGAGCACAAUCAA